GUCGUCGUGAAGGCGAAAACAAAGCCCCACGAUGAGUCGCUGGGCUGCUGCAGCCGCCGCUGUUCUGCAUUCGACUUGGUAAACAUGGAGAUUCCUACCCCGUCUGUUGACGCUUUUCUGUCGUGAUGAUAUCACCUGUAUUUUUAAAUGGGUUGUUUCGAGGAUUUUUUUCCUAGCGUCCGUUUUGCCCGUUUUCUCCCGUUACGAAAGAUCGCAGCUCUCAAUUGCAGGUGGCUGAUGACCAUGUAACACUCGAACGGCUGCGUUUGCCGUCUACCCCCAGAAUUUUCGGAAGGGUUCCCGUUUCCACUUGUUUUUUUAAGCCUUCUUUAUUUCACCCAGUUCUCCUUGUCGCAUCUGUCACGGUCUUCUUGCGGACUUCCGCGACAACGCGCGAAGCAGCCACCACCUCGAUGUCGAGUAUCUUUUGAUUGUACCAUGCAGAGCGCCGCCGGACAAGUUGCCUCAUCUUUUCUUCCUCCUCUUCUGAGGCCUCCCGUCCCCGAAACGUUACUUUUUCUAGAUUCGCCUGAAUAUGAACUCCCCGUUUCUUUCCGGCGUGCGACCGCAGAGGCCGCAGAGCUCCUGCAAUCCUGGGAGGCUCUCUGGGGACUCCUGUGCAAGCACGGACAGGACGCGAAAGUGAUGAAUUGCCCUCGUGUUUCGAGGCCUUUCUCUGACUCCACAAACCAUGUUUCCUUGGCUCUUCAGGUGGCGCAAGAAACACUGCCAGCGACCUCUGCAGUGCCGCCACAAGACAGGAACGAAGACCAGGGCGGAGAAGACGGCGAAACCGUCCCAGAAGCUUGCUUGCUCAUACCUUCGCCUGUGGCGCGGCUGCAGACUGCAACCCCAUGCUCGGACUCGAGUUCAGCGCCGUUGUUCUCUUCCUUGUCUCCUUCUCUGUCCCCUCUGUCUCCUCUGUCUUCUUGUUCUCCCUCUCAUCACUCGCAUUCUCGUUGCCUCUCUUCGUCAUCUGUGUCUCCCUUCGAGCCCUCUGGGCGUCAACUGUUUCAGCUCAGUGUGGUGUUCUGCCGACUAGAUGGAUUUUUCUCCGCGGCAGACACCGCAGCGACAGCGGCAGCAGACAGUGUGCAGAAGCUCUGGAGUGAGUCAUGCACAGCCUUGGCAUCGACGGUCAGUUCUCUGCGCCAUGCCGCUUCCUUGUCUUCUUCUGGAGUCGCGUCCUCUGCCUUUCAAGAACACAGUGGGCUCUCUGCAGGUCGCGCAAAGACGUUCCGGGGACCUGAAUGCUUGGGGGCGAAACUCCUCCACCAGGCGCUGGCAAAUGGUGUCUCUCUGCCGUUGCGAAGCUUCACGGUCAGGCAAGCGGUGGAGAGAGAAGCCUCAGCUGAGAUGGACAGUGAGGACCGCGAAAUCCAAAAGGGAGAAGAGCGACCAGACGCAUGCAACGCAGACCGUUCUGUCUCUGUUUCAAAAGACGACCGAGCAGAGACCAGCACGCAGAACACAGUGGCUGAGAAACGAAGAGCCUGUGCGUCUCAUGAGGACGGCGGGAGAGGAGUCGUCUUCCUUGAAAAGAAACAACGCGUCGGUCCUCCUAGCGUUUGCUGCUAUCUGCGAGGGCUCGAAAACCUAACUCGAGCACAGUGGAGACAAACCAAAGCUGUGCUUUCGUCUGUUCUGGCUGACGCCGCUGCAUGCGCUCGCGUGGUGGAUCGCAGGAGAGAAGGGGGGCACAGCAGGCGCGAGGACUUUGCCGGCAGUCGUCGCAGAGAAGAAGCCAAGGCUCUGAAUGGAGAUGGAGACGCAGACGGCGAAGAGAGGCCAGAGCACAGCGAACGUCCGGAGAGAGGCGAGACACCGAAACACAAGAUCGAGGCAGAGCCGCACCUGACGGAGGCCGCCCAGAGAGGAGGCUGUGCGUCGUCUCAGAAAUGCGGGAAGCAGGGACUGGAGAACAAGUCAGAUGUCAGAACCGCGGGAGAAGAGGAGACUGCGACGGGCCGAAGCGAGGAGAGAUGUCGGAAGGAAGAGGGGCGAAACACUGUUCGCGUUCUGAUUGUCCUCGGGUGGGAUACGAGCAAAGACGAGAGAUGCAGUGAUGACGGUGGCAGUGAGCUCGGCGCGAGGGACGCAGGUGGAGGAGGAGGAAGAUGGGGACGCCAGAGGGCAAAACGUCGUCAAGACAUUGAGGCCUGGGUGCAUGCAGCCAAUCAGCAUUGCGGCUCGACUGUUCGAGUUCACUUCUUCGUGAACCGCGUACGCGGAGGAGGGAGGAGGAGACAUGUGGAAGGCCUCGACAGUUUUGCUGAAGAUGGAAAAGAGGCCGAAGUGGAACAAGGCGCAAACCGAUCGAAAGAGGCCGAACGCUGGAAAGCGCGAGACAGUCUUGUCAAUCAGGAAACAGACAAGCCGGAUGAGACGUCCAGUGUUUCUGCCGUAAGCAGCGUAGAUGACGGUCAAACGGAUGCACUCUGUGGCAACGGGAAGAGCACGAAGGAGAGAGAAGGCGGACUUCCAGAUUUGGAAAAGAGGCCUCACCGACCCGACCUCGAUGAGAAGCCUCCAGCGGCGAACGGCGAUGUAUUGCAAGAUCGAAGCGCUUUGCUUCUGUCUCUUCUCCGUGAUGGAAACCAAUGCAUCAAACAACAACGCCAGACCAUGUUAUUCCUCGGUGGCGACGACUUUUUCCCCGCGCCGCCCGUCGGCGUUUCCUCCUUCGGUUCUCCCCAGCUGAGUUCUUCUCUCGGGGCGCUUCGCACGGACCUCCUGGGCCAGUUUGCCCGCCAGCUGGAAGACCUCGUGUACGUCCCUCUGUUGCUUCGUUCGCGUCUCUCUGCGGCUUCUUGGGGGUCCGAGAAAGCCGCUGCGUCCCCUUACGAUUGCACUCGUGGCAUCCGAGGAAGUCAGGUCCAUGGCAGUGUGCCAGAAACACAGAAAAAAACAAAACUCCUGAGAGACUGCAAUUCGCUCUACCGGGACUCGCGAGGCUUUUUGCCCCCGCCGCCUCGUCUGCUGAUUCACAGCUGCCUCUGCAGCAAGCGAAGGAGACCAGAGGUGAAGUCUUCUUCUCUGCUUCCGGCUUCUGCCGCUCCGCGUUCUUCUUCUCGUCGGGCACAAUCGUCCGCUUCCUCGCAAGACGCUGCCCACCCGGUGUCUGCAUCCCCUUAUCCCGCGCCUUCGGUGACGCGCCCCAGCACAGAGAAUCUUUCUCCGCAGACCCUGAUCCAGCUGGUCGGAGAGAAAUACUCGGCUUGCAUUCAAACCUUUUUGCUUCCUCUGAGCGCGAUCGCCUCCCCCUACGUCGGCCAGACAGAAGCGAAGCUUCGCCGACUUCUCCGGGUCGCGGCAAAUGCGUCUCCGUCUGUCUUGGUUUUGCUUGGAAUCGACCAGUUAGGUCGGAAGCGAGAUCGAGGAGGUCGGCGAGAAGAAGGAGAACAGCGAGGAGCUAGAGAGAGAGAGCUCGUCGGGGGUGCGUCUGACGCGACACAAACGAGUGCAGAAGCCUCUUCGCAAGCGCGUUGGCCGACGGAGAUGACGGGGAAGAGAGAAUGUGGGUACGGUUUGUCGCCUGGAAACAGACGAGAGACAGGCAGUGACACAGACCGAGCUUCAGUGAUGCUCGCCGAAGACGGAGCCAGCGGCAGGGAAGGAAAGAGGACCGAGGAAGCUUACUGUGACGCCUCUGUAGAUGCAGACGAACGGGAACGGAAGGGCGCACGGGGGCGGCGAGAGGGAGGCCGAGCAAACAGUUUCCAGAGAAGGCUUCUCGCGACGCUCCUGGUGGCUCUCGACGAGGUCGAAGACCGUCGAAGAAGACACGAACAACUUCAAAGGGAAGAGGCAGAGGACGACGACACAGAGGUUGCAGAAACGGGAGGACAGUGGGGUCUAGACUCAGGCAGAGAAUCCGUGGGAACCAGACGCAGAGAGUUCGCCGCAGCAGCAGCUGGCAUGGCAAUCAUUGGGGUUGCUUCAGGGACGCCUGACACUCUAGACGAGGCGGUGGUACGAGCAGGCAGACUCGACAAUUGGCUUUCGUGGUGCUGAGUGUGAACAUGAUCUGAAGCUCUGGACGAAAGCGACAGCCCGAGAGAGACGAAAUGGGAUGCUCUCGGUACAUCUGCAAAACCUAGGAAUCGCAGGUACAGACAGACAUAAAAGAAAGGAGCAGAAAGCAGGAGGUGAGAUGCAACACCGGGCAGGGAAGGAACCGGAUAUGCACAGAGAGAGAGAGAGAAGAAGAACGGCAGAGAAAAGAAGAAACAUGGAAAGAAAUUUGCGUUUUUUUGUCGGCACAGGGAUUCCACCAUGUAACGGAGAACAUCGGUUGAGGCAACUAAGCCGUUGCCAAGCAAGGAAAAGUGGAAAUUUUCUGAAUGCAGCGUGUGCGUCCAUUUAACAUUUCCAGAGAGGUAACCAUUGUUACAAACCAGAUAUCGUCUGCGGUGUCUGUGACUGUCAUGGUUACCUUUUCAAUUUCUUUGUUUCCUGAUGAGGCGCACAUACUCUUUUCGUGGCGUCGACCACUGGGAAACAGAUGUUUUCCGAACCCGCC